GUGAGUAAAACGCAAGAGACCUACUUCCACCCCCAUCUACAAGCAUACCUAGAGGGAGAGAGCGUGUCUGUGUCCGUGUCUCUGUGGCUGCGUCUCGGGUCUCUCUGUCUCGGCCAUGUCUGACUUCGUCUCGCUUCCCGAGGAAGCACUGGUACGGGUGGUGGCUCACCUGGAUGUGGCCUCGGUGGUGGCUCUCUCUGCCACAUGCUCACAUCUGCGCCGCGUGGCAACCAACGAUAAGGUCUGGCGCGAGCUGGCGCGCAACCAGUAUACGCUGGCGACAAGCGAGAUGGCGGCAAUCGAUGGGUUUCUGAACCGCUGCGAGCCGUUGCAUGGCUGGCGGGCUCUGGCGAUGGGCUGGAUGGACACAGACGCACGCCUCGCCAAGUCCACUCACGGACUCUGGUCGCGCCGGUGCCAGGUCGAGGGCGGCUGGGACUACAACGAGUACACCGAAUCGGAGGCCGGAUUUGUUCUCCGGCUUGAGCCGGGCACCCUGUCUUUGUUGUCGAGCAUUUUGAGCCUCCCAAGGACAUGUUUCUUGUUGUUGCGCCGCUGAAGACGUACACGGGCCAACCGCAGAGCCAAAUAGGGCUCAUCUCUGCGCACGCGCUUCCUCCUGCCAUCGCUCUGCGCCGAGUCGACUACCUGCGGGCGUUGAUGCCAUCGGCCCACACCGCUUCUUCGGCCAACUCUUCCAAUGAUGAGAUGGAGACGCUGCAGAUGCUGCUGACGAGCCUGCUGGCGCUCGCCCUGCUUGCGGGGUUUACUCUCGGCACGGCGUCCAAGCUCCUGCUCGGCGCCACCUUUCCGUCGUGGCUCCUCCUCUCGUGCCUGCUACAGGGUCUGCUCCUGCUUGGCGGGUACGCGGCGAUCACGCGCCUUGCACGCUUUGUCGCCUCGCCAACCGCAGCUGUGUUUGGGCGCUCGACCGGCGAUGAGGCGCUCGUCCAGCUGGUAGUGGUCUGCUGGCUGGUGGCAGCAAUGCUGACGGUCUUUGGCGUGGCGCUGCGGCUGGACGCGCCGCCGUCGCCUGCUGUCGCGUGGUCGACUGUGCUCCGCCCGCUGUCAUGGGCGCACACGAUGACCGCCCUCGCCCCGGUCAUCCGACUUGUCCUCCACGAGAGCGACACCGCCGUCCUCUCGCCAGCGCGCCUGGCCUGGCUCUAUCUUGGUGCCCCACUCACGCUCCAUCUCCCGCUCUAUGUCUUUCUCUCCGGCCUUGCCACCAACCUCGACGCAUCGACGCGGUCUUGUCUCUCUGUGGCGGCACCGCUGCUGGCCAUCGAGUGCGGCGCGGGCUGCCUGCUUCUGCUUCACGCACUCUACGGGCGCGGGACGACUCUUGUCAAGUUUACCGCCUAUCUUGUCGACCGCGGUGCCGUCCUCCGCGGCCUGCCUGACGUUCACGCCGAGCGGCGGGGAGCAGUGACUCGCAUCGCCACCGGCUUGGCCUGCCUCAUCCUCGGGCAACUGGUCUUUUGCCACGCCAUCGACGGCACGCCUCCGCUCCCAGCAUUUAUGGCGGCCUGGAUCCCGUCGCCACACAUGCUCAUUAUUGCCGGCCUCGCUCUCGCCCUCGCCGCCCUCACCCGCACACUCUCCUCGCUCUGCUCUACCAUCUCUGCCCUCUCCACCAUGAUCCACCCAUAACCGAAGCCCAACUCAACGUCGCGCCACCGGCGCCAUAGCUCCGUGUCACCCAAAGCCGAAAGCCGUCGCUGUCAACACACCAAAGUCACCCGGCUAGCCAC